GGCUGGUGUCAGGCAACAGCUGCAACAUGGUCAAGGUACCCACAGGGAUGUCUUCGAGUCGGAGGCUCAGCGAGUUAUGACCCAGCCGCCAUCAUCCGCCCUAUGAUCAUUGGGUUUUCCUCCUCGAUAGAAAGCAGAAGAAUGCGUGACUUGACCCUAGGAUUCCCAAUGCCUGCCGUUGCCGCUGCUACAGCUGGACUGGGUCUUCUUUUUGCACUUGCCAGCGUUGUCAAGCGCAAUCGUCUCACAGCCUUGGCCAGCGCGAUCCUGACGGCUUUAUCAUUCAUAUUCGUCGUAUCAGCGCUUGGCUGCAUCUUCUCACUGUUCGAGAAAAUCAGAAAAGAGUUGCCGAGGAGUACAGAUUUGCGGCUGGCUACGAACUUACGAGUUUUUCACGAUAUCUCAAUGAAAUAUGGGGCUUCUACUUGGACUCUGGUUGCUGCUUGUGCAAUGCUGUUGCUAAGCUCAGCAGUUUUCAUAUUUGCGUGGCUAGCUGAAUUACGACAGGCCCGACAGAAAGUCAGUGAUGAUAGUAGAGAAAAGGCUAGAUUCUCGCUAUCAGAGGGCAGACCAUCGGACGCGGGAUCUUGAGUGUUCGCAGUGUACGAAGAAAAGGCCUCGCUGUAAAAUUGAAAGU